GCGCGCACGGCGGCUGUGUGGGGUGGACGGUGCGAGCGUGGUCUGCACCUCGAAGGAGCGGACGUGACGUAUGACUUCUACACCCAACAUGAGUGACAUUUCCUGCAAAAAACGGGAUGACUACCUGGAAUGGCCUGAGUAUUUCAUGGCAGUGGCCUUCUUGUCCGCACAAAGAAGCAAGGACCCAAGUUCCCAGGUGGGGGCCUGCAUUGUCAAUACAGAAAAUAAGAUUGUUGGGAUCGGGUACAAUGGCAUGCCAAAUGGGUGCAGUGAUGACCUGUUGCCUUGGAGGAGAACAGCAGAAAAUAAGCUGGAUACUAAAUAUCCGUAUGUGUGCCAUGCCGAGCUGAAUGCCAUCAUGAACAAGAACUCGGCUGAUGUGAAGGGCUGCAGCAUGUACGUCGCCUUGUUCCCGUGUAACGAAUGUGCUAAACUCAUCAUCCAGGCAGGUAUAAAGGAGGUUAUCUUCAUGUCGGAUAAAUACCACGACAGCGAGGAGACGACGGCUGCCAGGCUCCUGUUUAAGUUGGCUGGGGUUACAUUCAGAAAAUUCACACCGAAGUACAACAAGAUUGUCAUUGACUUUGAUUCGAUCAAUAGCAGACCGAGUCAGAAGCCUCAGUGAGUUUCGUCUUGUUAAAGCCCCAGAAGAAGAUGACACCCCACCACGCACACACACACACACACAAGGGGCUCCCCGAGCCUUUCAUCUUGAAGUCCCACGGAACUUUUUAAUAGCACAACACUAAACAUCUAAAGAAUAUAAAACUUAGAAUCUUCUCACCCGUCACGUGGAGCUCCAUCUGCUUCAGCUGUUGAUGUAGUUUGGUUUGGAGACUAAGGGACUGCCUACCGGAGCUGGAGUGAAGGUCUCUCCCCUUCCGCCGAGUCCAUCUGCCAGAGAGUGUCAGCUCUGUCAUCCACCAUAUUUCGACAGCCGCUCCUUGCUGCUACACGGGGUAGAAGGACACACAAAUAACUGCUUCUCGUUCUUAGCAGGGAUGAACAGGCACACCGUGGUGCACAUCUGGCCCAAAUGAAGCAUACCCUGUCACGCCCUUGGGAAAACAAAUAGGACCGAACCAAGCUACAUGAACACACCUGCUGUAGAGUUGAGGGGACCUCUCACCUGGUCACAUGAGGUUGAGGAGGGCCCAGUGUCCUGGCAGAUGAUCAGUACAGUGUCCCCCUCAGGUCACACUUUCCUGCCUUACACAGAGCAGUAGCAUACCAUCCCUCUGGAGGGUAGGGGACCCCUGCGGUUCCAGCCUCUUAGCCUUGGUUUGUUGGUUACAUAGCACUGUUAAAUUUAUCUGAGGCAUAAGUAGUUCCUAGAGGAGACAGCCUAUCACUCCCCCUAGACCAGGCGCUUUGCGGUGACAGCUGGAGCUAUAUGGAUGGGUGAUGAGGGACGUUCCCCCAUCCCGUGUCUCCUGCUGUGUGGACACAUGUCACUCCUGCUCCACGUGCCAGCAUGGUUCAUUUCCAAGGGCACCCUACAACCAGAGAGCACAUUAAUUCCUGUCCUAUAAGAGGGCUGUGGGAAACUGUCUACCUGGAGGUGGUCCGUGCCAGAUCCUCAUUUGUGCCUUCAGCCUCACAGGCAGCAUAUGCCUGCUGCCCCAUUGUGGGUGGGGGUGCCCCACCGCGUACUCUGUUUUUAAUUUCAUUUAACUUCUAGCAGACACACUCAGUGUCUUUGAUAAAAUAGUGUCUUUUUUCAUGUGUUUUUAUUUCAUUUCUAAGAUUUUUUUUUUUAACACUCCGUAUUCUGGAGCAUUUUUUUACAAUUUGGAUCUCUGCCAGUAUUAUUAAAAUUUUAUUAAAAUCAUCCAGCAC